ACCAAGCUAUCCCUUGGAUACUCCAUAGUCCAAAACCAUUUUUCUCUCUUUCUCAAGUGAAAAUGAGGCUAAGUUUUAUCUUUAGAGGUCCACUCUUAUUCAUUUUCUUUCUGUUUUUCUCCACAAUACUCUCUUCAAGGCCACUAACAAGUGAACAAGGGAAGAACUUUUUUUUGGAGUUUGAAGGAGGUGAAUCUUUGAAGGUUAUGGAAAUGGAGAAUUGCAAUAUUGAAGAUGAAGAAUGUAUGCAGAGAAGAAUGACUUUAGAAGCUCACCUAGACUACAUCUACACCCAACAUCAUAAGAAGCCUUGAAAUCAUAAAUCUUUUCAUACUUCAAUAAAGAGUUAAAGUAUCUUUUUAUAUUUAGAUUUUCGAUAAUGAAAAGAUAGGAUGUUCCUGUUGUGUUUAUUUUGACUAUAACACAUGAAAAUGCUUCUUAAAGUGAAAUGAUGUUAUGGUAUGAGAUAUCCUUUGUUUGAUGUAAUGCAAUUGCUAUAAACCUUAAAUAUAUAGUAUAGUAGAAACUAAUUUGUGACUUCUAUUAGCUAGCCUAUGUAUAUAUGGGAUAUAUAGUUUUUGCAACAUUCCAGAUAUAUUUGCAUAAGUUAAGUUGUGUUUGCUAUGAGUUGAGAAUUAAUCUAUCGGUUAUCAUAAUAUAGUGGUUUGAAUGUGAAGAUAUUUUAUGUAGAAUUCAA